GCCAUUUAUUAGAUUCCUCCUCUCAUUUAGUCUUUCCUUUUGCUCUCUCUCUUUUUUUUCUCCUCUCCAUUGGGUUGUUUAGAUUCCAAGCUCAAAUACCCAUUUCUAUAAUCCUUCAGUUCUUCCUGAUUUUUGGAUUUUAAAAUUUUUUUUUAUGUUUAUUAGACUGAUGAGAAGGACAUAGAACACUUCUGGGUAUUUUUUCAUUUAUAUGACUUCAGUUUUGUUCUGCAAACUAAACUAGAGAUUUCUGGGUUUUUGAAGAAAAGCCUUUAAUACUCAGUUUAAUAUGUCAUAUAAAGCUUGAAGAAACCAAUCAGAGUUUUUGUCAAUAAUACAAAUUUCUUAUUUUUUUUCUUAAAUUGUUUUCAAUUUUUGUCCUUUUUAAUUUGUUUUUCUUCCCUUGAGCAAAAGAGAAAGACAUGGGCAAGCAAGGGCCUUGCUAUCACUGUGGAGUUACAAGCACUCCUCUUUGGCGCAAUGGACCUCCCGAGAAGCCAGUAUUGUGCAAUGCAUGUGGAUCAAGGUGGAGGACUAAAGGGACACUUACAAAUUAUACCCCACUUCAUGCCAGGGUUGAACCUGAAGAUUAUGAGGAUCAUAGGGCCUCCAGAUUGAAGAUCAUAUCUAUAAAUAAGAACAAAGAAGUAAAACUGCUGAAAAGAAAAUCAAAUCAUGAUAAAGCAGUUGUUGUCCCUGAUUACAACCAGGGGAACCGUAAGUUUGUGGAUGAUGAUACGAGUAAUAGAUCAAGUUCUGGAUCAGCCAUAUCUAAUUCAGAAAGCUGUGCCCAAUUUGGGUGUGCCGAUGCUGGUGACUUGACAGGCCCUGCCCAAUCCAAUGUGUGGGACUCAAUGGUACCAUCUAAGAAAAGAACCUGCGUAAAUCGUCCAAAGCCAUCUUCAGUCGAGAAACUUACAAAAGAUUUAUAUACUAUUUUACAUGAACAACAGUCUUCAUAUUUCUCUGGAUCUUCUGAGGAGGAUUUGCUUCUUGAGAGUGAGACACCCAUGGUUUCUGUUGAGAUUGGACAUGGAAGUGUUUUAAUUAGACAUCCAAGCUCAAUAGCUCGGGAAGAGGAAUCAGAAGCUAGUUCCCUCUCAGUUGAAAACAGACAAUACUCAAGGAAUGAGGCUUAUUCAUAUUCUUCAAGCUUCCCUGCAUGCAAUGAUAGCAAGGGCAUCAAGUUUUUAGGUCAUGGAAUUGAAAGGGCUAAGAGCUCUGCUGGACAAGGCAUCCAGCACGAACAACUUAAUAGGGACAAAUCUCAGCAUGAAAAAUCACUACUGAUGGAAAGUCAUAAUUCUCCACUGUGCAACAUAGAUUUAAAUGAUAUUCUCAACUAUGAGGAAUUUGUGAAAUGUUUAACAAAUGAGGAGCAGCAACAGUUGCUGCAGUAUCUACCUCCACUUGACAUUGCCAACCUCCCCGAUAGCCUCGAAAGCAUGUUUGAAAGCCCUCAAUUCAAGGAGAACUUAUGUUACUUUCAGCAACUGCUUGAAGAAGGGGUCUUUAGUGUAUCUGUACCAGGGGUGAAAGUUGAAGAUUGUAAGACAUUGAAAAGACUUGCAUUAUUCGACUUAACAAAAUCCCAUUGGGUGGAACGCCGUCAGACACUUAAGAAAUGUAAUAGUAUUCCAGGAUCUAUGAAUGCUAGAGGACCAAAUGCCAUUGCAUCAAAUAAUUCGGUAACUAUGAAGAGAUCACGCAACAGUCAAAUUCAAAACUUUCCAGAAUCAAGGACUUUAAAGAGCCCCAAAAGGGUGAUCAUGAAGGCUUCUUGUGAAAACAAAGAACUCAUAGAUAAUGAUGGUUUUUGCUUUAGUCCAAGAAGCCUAUUUGCUUUGCCUUCUGAUGGUAGCUCUCUCAUGCUGGAUUCUCUUCAUUUUGUCGAUGAAAGUUCCGACCAAGAUUUGCUGCUGGAUGUGCCGUCCAAUGGCUCAUUCGCGCAGGCAGAACUGCUUCAUCCUGCUUUAAGUUUUGGGCAACAGGCAAGCACCAGUAGUAGCUCGGCACACCCAAAUCCUUUCCAUCCUUAGCAUUGGCUUUUUAUAAUUACAACUGUAAAGGUCUGCUCCUUCUGCAAGACUCCAUGUAUGGGGUUGACAUAUUUUGCAUGCCAUACACUGAAAAAUCUGAAUGAGGUUUGAUGGUUGCUCUUUUCCCUCAUUCACCUUUCCAAACUCAAAAUGCUAAGAGAUUACUUUGGGGUGGGUUUUUUUUUCUUUUUUUCUUUUUUCUGUAUAGGUUGGCAACAGAUUGUAAUAUAUAAUUUCCAAAGUUUUGUAUGCAAAUGUCGGUUUUUUU